GUGUUGCCCAUAUUUGGAGAGCUAUGACCAAGCGAAUGAGAUCAUGUGUAAUGUAUGUGCGCACCCAUUUUUAGAUUAAAUGUGUAGUUAGGCUAUCGGUGCUGUUUAAGUGUGUGAAAUUUGGUUCCUCGGCAUUGGUAAACCGUACCUGCUUCAGUGUUCAGAGGAGGAUACGGGGAGUUUAAAUACAGCACGAAAUCCGAACGUGGAGAAGAUCCCAGGAGCGCUCAAGACGUGGAAUUCCACGGCGACGUCACAGUCAGCUGACCCAGCACGGUUGCAAUUCCAUAGGGAAGAGUUUUCCCCAAGUUGUUUUUUCCUUUAUCCCAUUAGCCCAAGGGACGCGGAAGACUGCAGUUUUUUUUUCUUUUAAAACGGAGCCAUUGUUCUUCAACUUCAAGAACGCAAACAUUUUGGUUUGGUUUGCAAAGCUCCACUUCAACUGCUAAAGAACAGCUCUGUUGGAAUUGAGUUUUUGUCGGGGUCUUGUGGUCGCCGGUGGUUAUUGAAUAAAACCGUUUCUGUUCUCGGCUCGCUUUGGUGAGGUACGCGCAGAUGUGGCUGUGGUUUGUGAUUGGAAUUUAAAUAGCAAACAGGACACCUUUGUUUGUUUCGUUGUUUGAAGCGUCACUCGGCAGGCGAAGUGAUAAUUUUAGACCAGCAUUUACCUGAGAUGACUUUGGAUUCAGAAACGGAACCCAACCACAUUGAAGAACCUGACAUCGAUGUGGUUGGCGACGGAAGUCAGGGAAGCAAGCUCCAGCGACUCAAAACACCCACCUCGGCCGAGCAGACUCCCAUUUUGGACGUGGAGUUCAGUGCAACAUCGCCAGGCGCAAAUGGAGACGUGGGCACCGGCUCCCUUCCCAGCACUGCGUGCGCAGACAAAAACAAUUCCCUGGCGAAGCCACCUUACUCCUACAUCGCCCUGAUAACCAUGGCCAUCCUCCAGAGCCCCAAAAAGAGACUCACCCUAAGCGAGAUAUGCGAUUUUAUCAGCCGCCGCUUCCCUUAUUACAAGGAGAAGUACCCGGCUUGGCAGAACUCCAUCAGGCACAACCUGUCACUCAACGACUGCUUUGUCAAAAUGGCUCGGGAACCCGGAAACCCGGGAAAGGGCAACUACUGGACCCUGGACCCCAAUUCUUCGGACAUGUUCGAGAACGGGAGCUUCCUGCGACGAAGGAAGCGCUUCAAGAGACAGCACUCCAGGUUCGGGAUGCUGAAAGGACACUGCGGCGCCGGCGCGCUGCCAAGCUUUACCUAUGGAACCCACGGGCUCGACGCAGCCCGUCUCCAGCUACCCGGUUUGGAAUUGUACCAAAUGGGGUUCCACCCCAGGCACGCACAGUCCGCAGCCCCGUUGCGUCCUGCAGCCAGCCUUUUGCCGGCCCUGUCCACGCUUUUCUCCAGGACACAGGUCGGCGGUGGCAAGGGGUUUCUACUGGAUACGGAUUUCGCGCUGCCGGUGCCCUCCUUCGCAGGGGCCAUCGCCGCCCAACGCCCGCCACUUUCUCCGGCUUUGGUUAACAGAACCCCGGAGUCACAUUUUGUUUCCAGCGCGAUGCUCCGUGCCCCCACUUCCCCACACUUUCUCAGCUUCCAACAGGGGUACCAAACUUUACAAGCCUCGCACAGUAACUCGGGGUUAACAAGCAAACUUUUGCAACAGCUGAGCAACGCGAGUAACCUUUAAGAGGUGUUUUUUUUUUUUUUUUUUUUUUUUUGUAAUCAAUUGGUUUUAACCUCAGGUAGGAAUGCUGCGUGUGUGUGUGUGUGUGUGUGUGUGUGUGUGUCUGUGUGUGUGUGUGUGUGUGUGUGUGUGUGUCUGUGUCUGUGUACCCUACAGCUUUUUCCAAAUGUUUUUUUUAAUUGUUAUUCCUUAAGAUAUGACCUUCUCUGAGGGAUAUUGUUUUAAAUAUAACCUAAAUCAUUUGUUCAAGGUUGUAUAUAAAGAUCUUACAUUUUUUUUUAUGUCAGUUGCGAAAAAUAAGAGCAGAUUCAAAUGUAUGUUUGCAGUAUCUUUUCAUUGUACACAUGCUGUAUGCUAACAUUUUAAAAUAAUAAUAAUAAUAAUAAUAAUAAUAAUAAUAAUAAUAAUAAUAAUAAUAAUGAAAAAAAUUAAAUCUGAUUUUUAUAUUAUAGCAAUGCGAUGAAAGCACAUAGUUGGAAACGCGUUUUUGUUACCUACUGCGACAAGCGAUACAUGUAAAUAUAUUAAAAAUGUCUUUUUAAAAAUUGUUUACAAACCCCCCCCCCCCCCCCCCCCCACACACAGGAAAGUGAGUGCUGAAUUUUCCCUGCAAGUUAAAUACAUUUAAUAAUACAUCUAUAUUUUGUUUCUUGUUGUCUAAAUAACGCGAGGCUUGUAUAUGCUGUUUAUAAAGGAGAGGCAAUACAAAAUAAAAUGACCUUUCCCAAUGAAAUAAUUUGCAAAAUAUUUGUUGUUUUUUUUUAAACCCGAUUUGACCCCAGUGUAUGUAUUUAAAAAUCGGAUGAGCUGAGCAGAACCGACCACGCAGUUUUCCAGGCGGGACGGGACGGCAUUUAGGGAUUCCAAAUAUAACGCAUCUGAUCGUUCUUUUACGCUUCUAAUCAGAACCCCUCGUUUCAGUGUAAAAAUUGUUAUUUUAUAUAAAAAAAGAAAAUAUAUAACCUAUUCUAUAAUAAUUUCCACUGUACCCUGCCUAUUUUAAUCGGCCAUUUAGCAGACGAUUUUAUCCAGAGCCACAGAGACUAGGAGCUGAACUACACGUCAGCAGCUUCUGCUGUCCAGUCACUUCCAAUAGGACCGCGUUUCCAGCCUCCUGUUGAAACGCGUAAACGAAUUCUGCUAUCAAGGAAUAUUGAAAUGGACUGUUAAGUAUUUCCGCUGUGCAGCUUGACAUUGUUAUUUCCUUGUAGUAAUGUGGCAUGCUGGAGAGAAACACGACAAGUGAGCUGACAGCUCCGAUUCAAGCAGCAGAAACGCCUGCAGCGUUGAAGCGUCUUACAAGCACAGAGAUUUCAGUUUGGUUUAUCUUAAUUUCCGUCACUUUGAAGAAUUUGAUUGAGCUAAUAAACAAAACCGAGGCAGGAAAUAAACGCCGCUGUAAGUUAUUUGGCAGGGCAAACUAAAUGACUGGUAUAUAAUUGAUUUACUUCAACAGGAAGAAAGAAAACAAACGUGGUUCUGAUUUUACAAUGGAAGUAAUCGAUUGUAAAUAUGUUUAUUAGAAUCCUAUACAAGAUUUUUUUUUAAUGCCAAGUGUUUGCAGAUGCAACAACGCCCUGUUUAAAUUGCAGAAAAAAAGUCUUGAAAAUGCUUAGCUCUCGGUCCUCUGAGAGGCAAGAUGCUGUUAUGAAGAGCUGUCUUUCAAAAGAAAAAGUUCCGGAGGAUGAUCACCUGAUGACUUCAGAACAGAAUGUCAAUUCCAAGAGGUUUCAAAGUGUUUUUUUUUAUUUUUUGCUCUGCUUUGCUUUGUCCCAUAGCGGUGAUCUAUCCCCUGCGCAACGUUGUGAUGACUGGAAAUCCAGUGGGGGGGUUACCCAAAUACACGCGAACAGCUGUGUGACCAAUUGAACAGUCGGCUUAUUUCAACGUAGAGGUGUUUCAUUUCUGGAUGCACCGUCCGUCCUGUGUUGAACACCUCUCCGAAGUGCCGUUGUCACCGCUUUCUUUAAGAAUACUCUCCCGUGCACCGGGCUGCAGUUAAACGGACCCAACACACCUGUGACGUCGGUCGGGUACAUUUUAAAGGUUCGAGAAUACCCAUUGCUCAUCUAAAGGAGCCCCGCCACCGCCCGAGUCCCUUCAUAUACUCACCAGGACAACCCACGGGCGGGUCCCCGAAACUACCGUUUGCAACUGUUCCUAUUGCAAUACAUUUCAAUGAUUAGUCACCUGCAUACUAUACAAAGACCACCUGUCUCGCAGCCUGAGAGCCGCUAUCCCAGGACUCGAUUACUAUACAAAUAAGCAGGCUUUACUUUUUUAUUUUAUAAUAUUAUUUUCUUGCUAAUUUUUUGUAUGUAUUUAUUUCAAACGGGAUGUUUGAUUUUAAUGAGACGGUUCGGAGUAGAUUUGUAUUUGUAACGAAUCAUCUAAUAAUUAUACCUAAAACUGAUUACUCGGUGUAACUA